AUGUCUGCCAUUUCACCAUCCAAACAAGCAGCAAUACAAGCUUACCGUAGCUUACUCAAGACACAAAAGCAAGUGUUUGCUGCUGAUGUAGCUGCUGUUGAAGCUGCUAGAAGAGAAACGUAUGCUAGAUUUAUGCAAUUCCAAAAUGAAACGAACCACGAUAUCCUUGAAGAGAAAUUAAAAUUGGCUGGACAAGUAGAAUCUUUAUUGAAAAAGAAUGUGAUUCAAGGUGUUCCACAGGGCGAUAAUACAUUUAAACUUCGAAUCACUAAAGAUACUGAAUUGAGUGAUAAUGAUACCAUCAAGAACACAAAGAACGUGAACCGUAAAAAGAAGCAUCAACACAAACAUACAGGUGGAUGUUGUGGUGGACAUCAUUAA